GGCACUUGUGUCCAAUAAAAUACCUUUGAAGCCAGUGUUUUCGCAGCCAAACUAUGAUGUUUGCAAUGAUCUUGAAAAGACAAAUCAUUUGGAAUACUCUAUUGCAUUGGCAAUGAUGAGUGAUCACCCUGAUAUCCUUCAAUAUGCACUUAAAUACUUUGAAAUCAAUCCCAUACCACCAUUUGAAGUAUUUAUUCACCACGAAGAUUCUUACAAUGUGGCGCCAAAGAAACGCCGUCUUCAAGAAAGCAGACAGAAAAUAUCACACCAUGACAUGGUGCGAUGCUGUUAUUAUCUUCUUAGGAGGUUGCCAAACGAGCUGUCUUCUAAAUGGGAUUGGACAAAAUUUGUGAUCAACUUCAGUGACAAUGAAAAUGUGGAAAUUCGAUGGAUGGUAAAAGAAUGCAUAGCCAUAAUCACAAAUAUGACUGAUGCUCAAUCAGAAGUGUUGGCCGAAAACUUAAAUCUUUCCAAAGUAGACUGCAUGAACAGUAAAUUACGACAUAUUGAAGAACCACCACACUACUUAAAUACAGGGCAAGCUAUUGCCUUAAGUGAUUUUAAAGCUGCCAAUGUUGUGAACAUUGAUGGAAUAAUGCUCCCUAUUUAUGAUAAGACAAAUGUUCAAAAUGGAAAUUUAGUUCCUGUAAAAUCUACUGUUGAUAAUUUGAGAAGUUUAGCUCUCGCUAUUGCAUCAGGCAAAGCCCUCUGCCUUCUGGGUCCAGUAGGAUCUGGCAAAACAUCCCUAGUGGAACAUUUAGCAGCGAUUACUGGCCGCAAAGGAAUUGCUUUCAAGAAAAUACAGUUGGGGGAUCAGACAGAUUCACGAAUGUUGUUAGGCUCCCAUCAGUGUACAGAUAUGCCUGGAGAAUUUGUGUGGAGACCUGGUGUUUUGACUGAGGCCGUACAAAGUGGUCAUUGGCUACUCUUAGAAGACAUUGAUUGUGCUGCAUUAGACGUAGCAUCGACACUUAGUUCUCUGCUUGAACGAAACACACUCUGUGUGCCAGGAUACAGAGAUUCCUUACCUGUCACUCCUGGCUUCCAACUAUUUGUAACACAAAGAACUCUUGUCACUAAUUAUGGAUUCCAAAAGAAAAUGUCGAACUCCAGCACUUUACUGCAGAAGCACCUAGCCCAAAUAAACGUUGAACCCCUCUCAAGAUCUGAACUUGGAGAGAUCAUUCAAACUGUUUAUCCAAGUCUUUCGACCAUUUGCUCAAGAAUGAUUGAAGUUUUCAUGAUGUUCUCAGUUGGCAGCCAUGAUACGUCGUUGCAAAGUACUGAAAUAUUUUCAGACAGCAAUGUAGUUGUUAUGAGAGGAUCCAGACUGAUCUCUACCAGGGAUCUAUUAAAGUGGUGUUCCAGGGCAGUUGUAGGCUUCAAUGUGUCAAGUCAAGAAUCUGCUUUGAAAGUACUACAAGAUGCAUUGGACAUAUUCACUUGCUCAGUUUCAUCGCCGGUACACAGACUUGAGCUAGCCAAAAAAGUAGGAACUUAUUUAGGCAUUGUUGAAACCAAAUCAGAGUUUUAUUGCAAACACUACAAACCAAAUGUGUCAUUAAACCCGACAGCUAUAGAAGUAGGCAGAGCGAAAGUAUUCCGAAAAGAAAAGGGUCCUGAAACAGUGGAUUUUGAUAACAAACAAGUAGUAUUCUCUUUUACUCGACAAUCUGCUUGUUUACUCGAACGAAUUGCUUGUUGUGUCGCGUCUAACGAACCUGUAUUGCUUGUUGGAGAAACAGGAACUGGAAAAACUUCGUCUGUUCAAUAUUUAGCUACACAAACAGGACGCAAACUAACGGUCAUAAAUAUGAAUCAACAAUCUGACUCUGCUGAUUUACUAGGUGGGUAUAAACCUGUGGAUCUGAAAUACGUCAUUCGACCAAUCAGAACUGAAUUUGAGGAUCUCUUCCGCAGUUUUUACAAUGUUGAGAAGAACAAAAAGUUUCUUAGUCACAUUGAAACAUGCUAUGAGACAGAAAAUUGGACUGCACUUGUGACUUUAAUGAAACAGAGCUACAAGUCUGCAGUCAGCCGACUGAGCAGCGAAACAAAAGAGAAAAAUCUUGCAAAAUGGUUGUCUUUCGGACAUAAACUUGUGAAGUUAGAGCAGCAAGUAAAAGCAGCAUCCAAAUUAUCCUUUGCAUUUAUCGAAGGUUCUCUUGUCAAAGCAAUGCAGAAAGGUCAUUGGGUAUUACUUGAUGAAAUCAAUUUGGCGUCUGCUGAAAUACUGGAAUGUCUCGCUGGUUUAUUAGAGGAUAAAAACGAAACUAUACAUCUAAUUGAAAAAGGAGAUAAAGUUCCUAUAAAACGUCAUCCAGACUUUACUUUAUUCGCAUGCAUGAACCCAGCAACCGAUGUCGGAAAGAAAGAUCUUCCAGUUGGUCUUCGAAACAGAUUCACGGAGUUCUUUAUUGACGAGCUGACAGAACGAAAUGAUUUGAUUUUGCUCAUUGGAGACUAUUUGUACCACAUGAACCUUAGCGGUGCUAUUUUGGAGGCUAUCUACAGUUUCUACGCGAACAUACGGAAAGAGGCUAAAUUAAGCCUUGUUGAUGGUGCUGGUAAUGCUCCCCAUUAUUCUCUCCGAACAUUGUGUAGAGCUCUGACAGCAGCGGCUAAAGCAAAAUGUGGGACAGUUGUCAGAUCUUUAUAUGAAGCUUUCUGUCUGUCCUUCCUUACACAGUUAGACAGUUCCUCACAUCCAAAAGUUGAAGCUAUGAUUGCUAAGGCUGUAAUUGGAAAGAAAAAUAUCACUUCUGUACUGAACCAGAUGAUCCCUGAACCUCAAAACCUCGGGCAAAAUUACUUACUCUUCGAAGGACAUUGGAUUCCUCAAGGCAAAUUGGAAAUUGUAAUCCCUGAAGGCUAUAUUCUUACACCAACAGUGAGAAAAAACCUUCGAGACGUUGCGAGAAUAGUUUCUUUGGGGCGUUUGCCAGUGUUGCUGCAAGGUGAUACUUCGGUAGGAAAGACUUCACUGAUCACGUACAUUGCAAAAGCGUCGGGGAAUUAUUGCGUUAGGAUAAAUAAUCACGAGCAUACAGAUCUUCAAGAAUAUAUCGGAUCAUACGCUACGGAUGCGUGUGGAAAACUAGUCUUCAAGGAAGGUGUCCUCGUUGAAGCUAUGAGAAAAGGACAUUGGAUUAUACUUGACGAGCUAAACUUAGCUCCAAGUGACGUUCUAGAAGCUCUCAACCGUGUACUGGAUGAUAAUCGGGAACUAUUCAUACCAGAAACACAGAAAGUCGUUAAAGCUGACCCCAAUUUCAUGCUGUUUGCAACGCAAAAUCCCCCUGGAUUGUACGGCGGACGAAAGUUGUUGUCAAGAGCAUUCAGAAAUAGAUUUGUUGAAUUACACUUUGAUGAGAUUCCCAAAAAUGAGCUUGAGAUAAUUUUGCAUCAAAGAUGUCAUGUGCCUCCAGCAUAUAGUAAGAAAAUGAUCGCUGUAAUGGCGGAGCUUCAAUUACGAAGACGCGGCUCCGCUGCCGUGAAAGGUAAAGAUGGUUUUAUCACCUUAAGAGAUUUGUUCAGGUGGGGUCAAAGAUACAAACAUGCAUCAAAAGAAAUGUUCACUGACGACAAAUUUUACGACUGGGAUCAGCACAUAGCGGAUGAAGGCUACUUGAUAUUGGCCGGCAAAGUGCGCCAAGUGGACGAAAGACGAAUUAUUGAAGAGGUAAUAGAGAAACACAUUAAAAGAAAGGUAAGCCCUGAAAAUCUAUUUAGUCUUCACCAUGACACUUCACCUGUGACAAAAUCGAUCCUAAAGAUGAUUCUGAACAACUGUCUUCAAGAAUUCUCCCACAUUGUAUGGACUUACAAUAUGAGACGGUUAGCUGUUUUAAUAGCCAAAGCUUUUACUUUCAAUGAACCUGUUUUGCUAGUUGGAGAGACAGGUUGUGGUAAAACGACAAUCUGUCAAGUUCUUGCAACAUUGAAAAAUCGCCGACUUCUUUCUGUCAAUUGUCACAUGCAUACAGAAAGUUCAGAUUUCUUAGGAGGUUUACGCCCAGUGCGUGAACAUAAAAAAGAUGGACAUCUCUUUGAAUGGGUAGAUGGGCCUUUGAUUAAAGCAAUGGAAGGUGGAGACAUGUUCUUAGCUGACGAAAUAUCGCUUGCAGAUGAUAGCGUCUUGGAAAGGUUGAAUUCCUUGCUUGAACCUGAAAGGCAACUAGUGUUAGCUGAAAGAGGUAUGGAAGAAAACUCUGAUAUUGUUGUGAUUACUGCCGAGGAGAAUUUCCAUUUCAUUGGAACUAUGAACCCUGGAGGGGAUUUUGGAAAAAAAGAAUUAUCACCAGCAUUAAGAAACAGAUUUACUGAAAUAUGGUGUGAUAGUGUUACAUCAAGAGAAGACCUUCACAAAGUACUUGAAAAAAGUGUUAGUAAAGGAAUUUCUCUAGGAAAUCAAGAAGACGGAAGCUCAGGGAUUGGCAAUUCUAUAUUAGACUUUACAGAUUGGUUGAAGAAUUCCGAAGUUACAAACAAAUUUCCAUUCAGUAUCCGAGAUUUACUGUCAUGGGUUCAUUUCAUCAACAUUACUGUUGCCAAAGGUCUUUUGGAUACUCCUGAAGCUUACGUUCAUGGAGCAUGUAUGACAUUCCUUGAUUGCUUCGGAACAGCUUUAACUGGUCAUAUUGAUUCUGAAACACUAACUGUACUACGCAGUACAGCCAUCAAUUUCUUACUCGACCAAAUCAAAACUGUUGGAAACGAGUACACACAGAGUUUGAGAGAAAUUCUUAAUGAAAAGAAUAUAACGCCAAUGAUAGCGGAAUCUGACGAUUCGAAGUUUGGAAUGAAACCAUUCUUCAUUAAACUAGGUAGCUACCACAAUAUUACUGAAGAACAGAAAUUUACCUUUACUGCUCCAACAACUGGAUCAAAUACACUGAGGCUAUUGAGAGGUCUGCAGUUAAAUAAAGCUAUUUUAUUGGAAGGUAAUCCUGGUGUAGGAAAAACAAGUUUGGUGACAGCGUUAGCUAAAACGUCUGGGCAUAAAGUUGUCCGUAUCAACUUGAGUGACCAAACAGAUAUUACUGACCUUUUCGGAACAGAUCUUCCCACUGAAGAUGGAUCAUUCACUUUUAAAGAAGGCGCAUUUUUAAACGCUUUACAAAAUGGAGAUUGGAUAUUGCUAGAUGAACUAAAUUUAGCGCCACAACCUGUUCUUGAAGGUCUAAACGCAUGUCUUGAUCAUAGAGGAGAAGUUUACAUCCCGGAAUUAGGCAAAACUUUUAAAGUGAAACAACAAACUAGACUGUUCGCUUGUCAAAAUCCGUUAAAACAAGGAGGUGCUCGAAGAGGUUUACCCGUGUCAUUCUUAAAUAGAUUCACGCAAGUAUACAUUGAUACGUUGACAAAAGAAGAUCUAAUUUAUAUCGUCGAAGCGCAAUAUCCUUCCUUACCGAAGGAUAUUCUUCACAGAAUAGUGAAAUUUAAUUGUAAAGUUGGUCACGAAAUCACAGAAAUGCAGUCUUGGGGCCAUAAAGGCGCACCCUGGGAAUUGAAUUUGAGAGACAUCCAAAGGUGGUGUGAAGCUAUAAUUGAAGAUCAGAGCAAUUCCAAGGAUAUAUCUCCUGGAAAAAUUGUGGACAUGCUUUAUGUUCAUCGCAUGAGAACAGCUGAAGAUAAGGAAAAAAUGAUCACAACUUAUGAUGAAAUAUUUUGCCCCGAAUAUCCAAGAAGUGAUACCACUCCUCAGUUUAAUAUAAACGAUAAAGAAAUUAUCAUUGGGGACGUUGUUUUAAAGAGGAAAACCGAAAGGUUGUUUAAAAAUCGCCGCGCAUUGGAUUCUAAUUUACUGGUGUUACGAAAUCAACUGCCGACUUUGAAAUCUUUGGCUCAGAGCGUCAAAAUGAACUGGCUUUCUAUAGUAGUUGGACCGACAGCGACAGGAAAGAGUAGCAUAGUGCAAGUCCUUGCCGACUUAACUGGCAAUGAGCUACAAGUCUUACCUGUAACCUCAGCAAUGGAUGUAUCCGAUCUUUUAGGAGGAUUUGAACAAGUGGACUACAAUAGAAAUCUUGAAAGUCUUUAUGACAAAAUAGAGACUAUUACUAUACAGACUAUACGCAACAUGUGGCUGAUUGGAGAAAACAGUCAACGACAAUCAAAUAAACUACUGACGUCAUCAAUGAACGCUGGAGGGAAGUUUGAAUGGGUUGAUUCCCUACUAGUAAAAACCAUGAUUGAAGGUUCCUGGUUGGUUCUUGACAAUGUGAAUUUUACUUCUGCUGCCGUUCUGGAUCGACUCAACGGAUUAUUAGAACCAAAUGGUGUGCUGAGCAUUCCAGAAAGAGGAGAGUCCAGUGAGAUAACUCCACACCCCAAUUUCAGAGUUUUCUUUACUAUGGAUCCGAAAUAUGGGGAAAUUUCUAGAGCGAUGAGGAAUAGAGGCGUGGAAAUAUUCUUGCUAAGACCUGACGAUUGGAAUACAAAUUUGUCUGAAACGGUGACUCAUAUGGAUUUAAUGGCAUUGCUAUUUUCAUCAGGCUUAAAUCCAUCAUACUGGAACUUUUGCGUCGAAAUACAUGAACUCAUGAGUUCUUUCGUCCAAGGUUUUGAACGGCCAACAAUGUCACAUUUGCUCCAAGCUGCUCACUUGAUGUAUCAGCAAAUGACUAGAGGUAUACCCUACAAAACAGCUACAUUGAACGCAUUUUCUGAUGUAUACAUCAAACCACGGUGCGGUGGCGAUUUUGUGUCAGCUGUCAAAACGUCUUUAGCUGAAAUGAAGAAUUCAAUGUUAAAGUCGUUACAAAAAUCAUGUCAAAACUUCAAGCCCUUCGAACAUGCUGAACAAAGUCACACUUUGACCAUCAAAGGACUGUGCGUUGAUUCGAAGCUGGAAUUUACCAACCAAAUUUUAUAUCCUUUCCCGUUACUGAAACGUGAUGGAUUUUUGAGAAAAUAUUACAAUAGUGCAUUACUCUCACUUUUCCAUUUAUUUACGGCGUACCAAAAAUGCCCCAACGAAUAUUUUGAAAUAAUUUUCACCCUUUGGAAAAAGCUGGACCGCCAACGCGUAAGCUGGCCCACACGGAUUUGGUAUCACGACGAUUUCGAAAGUUAUUUAGCGAACAACAGGAAUUUGGAAUCGUACAAGUUAUUCUAUCCAGAACACUUCAAAUUAGACCAAAACAACAUCCGAGAGGCGAAUAGGAAAAAUUUACUACUCUUCCACAUUGUGAUGAAAGAGUAUUUACUACACAGUUCGCUUUUUGAUGCGAAAUCAAAUACUUUGUCGGCUUUGACAUAUUCCAAGGCAGUAUUAACAGGAGCAUUAUCAGAUGAGUUUGCCGAAUAUCCCAUACUGAAACACUGUGAGCUAUACGUUGGAAUCAUUGACAAAUACAUCGAAAAUCUUAUCAACAAGGCAAAAGAGUCAUUGGAUGAUCAAGCGUCUUGUCUUGUUAUACAACUCCUUAAUUGGAGAAAAAGAUUCCUUCAAAUUUGCUGUGAACCAAUCGUCUGUUCCGGAAAAGGAUCGAAAAAAAUAUUCCGAGUUGAAGAGGUAGUUCCAUUACUUUACAUCCAUAGCAAAUGGGUUCAAAAACAUCUUCUUGGUGAACUUUUGAAAUGGGCCAAGAACAAAGAUCUGGAAGCCUUAUUCAAGAAAGAAGUAGCGAUCAUAGCAAUUUCUGAAGAAGAUAACACACAAAUGGCAAAGCUUGGGAAGAAAUUGCGUAAAUUAAAUGGUCAGCCCAAAUUAUAUGAAGUGCAAGAUGAAUUUGACAAAGCCAGUGAAAGAACAAAAGUAUAUGAAAAAAUUACAUUGGAUAUGAAUCAACCCAUUGAAAAACAGUUACACAAACUUUUUAUUGACAUAAAUGAGGUGACUGAUUCAGUCUUCGCGCUGGAUAUUCCAGAUAGUGACGUGUUAAUGAAAAUUCAAGAUAACCUUAACAAAAUAGAGGCUGCAAAAACCAUUGCGAAGUUGUCGGAUAUAAAACUAAUACCACUAAAUUGCUACGUCGUUCAAAGAGUAUUCACUAUCUUGCAAAAAGAUUUUCAUAAAAUUGUAACAGCGCUUUCACGUGACGAUUUCAAUAUUGCCAAUGACGUUAAUUACGUUAGUGAAUACAGAGAUAUUUUAACCAAUGUGAUACAUUUGGGGUCUGUAUUGAAAGGAUUUUCACCAGUUUUAUUGAAUUUAUUGCAAGUUAUUCAAAAGUUUUUGGAUGGCAAUGAGAACUUCCGGACUAGAAUGUCAUCACUACCAGUCCGGUUUUGGGACGAAUUCUACAAGGACAUUGUAAAUUCCCCAGCAUUAUAUCCCCUACCAUUCCUGCAAAUAGGGAAAUUUUCAGAUAACGUCAUUAUUGAAACUCCGUCUAGCAGCAAAAGAUUUUCCUUGGACUUGCCUUUGAUGCCUUAUUACAUACAGAAAUUGACCAUAUCUGAGGAAGAAGGUGAGUUUUGCUUAGAUAAACAGCGAUCGCGCCAUUUGCUGUCUUAUGAAACCGUGUCAUUAGAAGAACGAGAAGAGCACUCUGUACAAUUGAGUACAAUUUUGAACAUUUUAUGGAAGAAUAUUGGAACUUUAGAUGCUGCAGCUACAUUAAAAUUAAAAUCAAACGCCGAAUUCGAAAUUACUAAAUACAAUCAUCUUAGAGAGAAUUUGCAAUCUAUUUUGUUACCUUUGGAUACAAAAGUUUCCACUUGCGCUGUAAAAACAGAAGAAAUGUACAAACAUGACACUGUUUUGGCAGACAUGCUGAACGAAGCCGAUGAAAUAUACAAAGAACUAUUAAGUACAGUGAAAAAUAUCGGCGAAAGAAAUGAAAAGCUUAGAACAAGGAUUUUGACAGCAGAACUCUCUUUACUGACAAGUCUUGUUUGGAUAAAAGCAAUAUCAGAAAUGAGUCCCAUUGAUCAUGUAGAGAAAUAUACACUUAAAGCCAAGUACAUAAGGGAGGAUAUUGAAACAUUCAAUGCUCUACUUAGCGCGUAUUACAUCCAAGGACUUGUGUCGGGUAGUAUUACAACAAGUGACAAAAUAGAGACAGCUAUAGACGUGACCGAAGCACAUUUGAAAGAAAACAAAGUCGAUUUGAAAAAGGUGCACCCCUAUUGCAGUAUUUUGAUGGAAAUGAAGGAAAAAACAAUUGAAAGGAUACAAAAGUACGCGUCAUGGAAUUCUUUCAGACCUGAAGAGCCGACUUAUCUCACUUUUGCUAAGGAUUGCAAACAUUUUACAAAAUCAGUUCUUUCGCCUAAAAUAACAAAUGAAAUAUCUACUAAUCUUAUAACCACAUGUAAUAGUUUACACGUCGAAAUGGAAAAGAAUCAGUCCGAAAACAGUACCCUGCAGAACGCCCAAACCGUCAUUAAAGAAACUACCUCAUGGCUUUAUUCCGUCAAUGCAUUUUACAACAAGCUUCAAACUACAUACCAUGAAGCUUUUCCAGAUUUAGCGAAACCAUUGCAAAGUUCUAUAUCUCAAAUUGUAUACAGCAUCACAUUAUUGAAAGACUUGAUAAAGGAACUAAUAGUGAAGUUAGAACAAGGGCCUUUGUUGGCGAAUGUUGUAAAGGAGCUAAUGAUGUACCCGAACGCGAUACCUUAUAAGGAAAUGAAAGAGAAAUAUUUAAACAGAUUUGUGAGAACAGAAGUGAUGCAAUUGGUUAACCGCAACGUAAUUGCGUCACAUGAAGAUUUGAUGGGCGCAGAGACAGAGUGCAUGGAGAUAUUAAAAAUGAAUUUAUCUGAACUGAAAAUGCACUGCACAGCAAAGGAACGCGUUGACAAUAUAACAGUGAAUGCUGUACUGAAUACACUUAGUGCUAUUGUCAAAGCUUGGGAGAAACAACAACGGGAAAUUGAAAAGAAGAAACAAGAUGACGAAGCUUUAUAUGUUACUAAAUCAAAAUGUGAAGAUGAAGACGAAGAAGCGAUGGCUAUAGAAGAAAUCAAAAAGAUGUUCCCGUCUUAUUCAGACAAAGACUUCAGCGAAUACAAACCGCCAACUUUAGAACAGAAACCGAUGAAAACUAUUCCAAAUUCAGACAAGAAACUAAAACCAUUGAUGAGUUCUGAAGACAUAUCUUUGGUAUACCAAUGGCAUUCAAAUUUUGUAAGAAACUUGACUACUGCAGAAUGGUUACCUGUGCAAAAGAAAUUAUUAGGCAAUGACGUAAUAAGUCCAUUCCUGCAAAGAUAUUCGACUUUCAGUCGGAUUAUGCAGAACGCUUGGGAAGCAUUGGACGUUGAGUUUGAAGGGACUGUGGCACCCAGUCUGAUGGUCUUAAUAUCACAGAUUAAAGAUAAAAUUGAUGGGACAGAAUCAUCGGGAUCUAAAGUAGACUUUUACCGGUCGGCAUGGGUGUCGGAGACGAGGCAAUGUUUACCAUUGUUGCACAGAGUGCGAGAAAGCGUCAAUGAAUUGCUGGACCAGUGGCCGGAUUUCCCAACUUUGAAAGAUAUAAACGUAAUCGUAAACAGAAUACUUAGUUUCCGAGUAACAAGCCCGGUAUCUCGAUUUCUUACUGGCUUAGAAUUACUGCGAGACAAAAUAGAAGAGUGGAACAAGAACGCGCAUAAAGGAAACAAUUUAAUUGAAGUGUCUUUGGCAGUUGGGCAACAAAUUAUAAAUUGGAGGAAGUUAGAAUUGGCACAUUGGAAGGAGUGUCUUAAUAAUUUGUAUCAGAGAAAACAAUCUGAAGCCCACAAAUACUGGUUCUACUUAUAUUCCGUUGUGACUUCAUACCUCAACACGCCAGAGGGCACUGACCCCGUGUCAGCUGAUCGCGUUAUCAAUGUGCUUAAAGAUUUCAUGGACACUUCGAAUUUGGCUGAAUAUGAAGUUCGAUUGGACAUCGUAUAUGUGUAUCAUUGCCAUUUGGUGCAUUUAGAGCCCUGUGACAGGAGAGACGAACUCCUCUCCGUAUUAUGGAACACGUACAACUACUAUUCCCAAUUUAGUGCACAAGUGGCGGCACACAUCAAAGAGAAACGAACACCUAUUGAGAAAAAAUUAAAAGACUUCGUCAAGAUUUGCACUUGGGACCGUGAUUUGAGUUACUGGAGCGUUAAAGAUACUGUGGAGAAAGCGCAUAAGGCAUUGCACAAACAUACCAAGGAAUUUGAGAAAGUUUUAAAAGAAAGCGUAGCCAACUGUCUGGUGGAUAAAACAACCGAAGCAGUAGUGGAUCACGUCGGUAUAUGGGACAGACCGAAGCGCGUCACGGGGGCAAACGGUGCUUCAGGAGGCGCUUAUAUGAUAGACCCGCAGAACCAUGUUGUUCUUGCUAGAAAUAUAAAGAAAUACCUAGACCAAGCAGAGCAACCAUCCCCUCUAAUCACCGAGGGGUGCCUGCUCUCAAAAGUGCCCAUUUUACUAAACAAAGCAAGGACGCUCUGCAAGGACACUAUCACCAAUACAGGGUAUCCAUCACUGGUGCAAUCUUUGGAUGAUUUUGUUACACUAGUUAUUGAAACUAGCUCGCACUUGGGGUCAUUGGAGAUUGACACAAGCCUACCAAAAGACAAGCAAACGUCGCAAGCAAAGAAUAUAGUUCAGCAAAAACGUAAAGCGCUUGCAGACUUAUUUAAGUACCUUGCCAAAAUGGGCCUUAACUACCGCACUGGUUUAGUCAUUUUGUCGACCAAUCAAAGCUUGUAUGACUUUACUAUACCUCCUGUUGAUUUGGAUGCUGCGAUGAGUUAUUUAAAGAAUAGGCGAUGUGACGCUUCUCUAUCCCUUCUAUGGUCUGGUUGUGAGAAGUACUUCCAAAAGAACAUUGCACGACAUCGGUUUCUAGCUAUCGCUUUACAGUCUCCGCAUCAGGAUAUGGGUGUACCGAAUAUAGAAAGGUGCAAAGGAUUUGCCGCACAGUUAUUAAAACUAACAAAUUCCCAAAAGAAAUCAAUAUCGAAAUACUCCCGACAACUCUGCGACUUACGUACACUUGUUGCCAACCUGACAAACGCAUUGGACGUUGACAAAGAUGCCAACAUUGCAACACUGAAGGACAAAACUGACAUUCUAGUUGAAUGCUACGCAAAUACGAGUAUUCUACUUAAUCAGUUCAGUGUGGUUUUGAAAGCUUGCCCCGAAAAAGAAUUAGGAGAAGAACCUAACUUCGACUCGGUCUUGUCAAAUUCACCAAUUGUGAAAUGCUACAAAAAUAGUGAAGAGUGGAAAGAACUGUAUGGCAAAAUAAAGUCAAUGAUUGUAAUUGUAAAUAAACAAAAGUCCGCACUCAACAAAGUCUUGAAUUCCAUGCCUAAACAAAUUGGUAAAAGUCUCAAUAUUCCUCAAGUAUCGCAAAGUCAUGUAGACGUCACUAAUGAAGCUAUAAGCAUUCUUAAAAUAAUGAGAAAUGACACUGAAGAUAUAUUAAAGGAAUAUCAAUUCCAAUUGAAAAUAGCUCCAGAUAAAAAUUUCAUACCUCUACAUCCAGUACUAAAGACCAUUGACAAUUACUCCAAAUACUUAAAAGACGUGAUUGAUAAUCUCAACGAAUUUGACGUAGUUAGUGAUGCGUUAAUGGAAGAUGACACAAAUGAACUGACCAAUCAAACUGAAGACUUAAUAGCUACAAUGUUAUUAGUCAUCCAAUCCAUUUACAAAAAACAUUUGCCACAAGAUAAAAGUAGCGACAACAUUGAUGUAUUGAACGCUAUUGAUGAAAUCAUUGACGAACGCAAGGAAAAGGAAGAAUCUAAAGAAAUUCUUGAAGACAAACAUUUGAAGGAACUGCAAGAAAACUUGUCGAUUGAUUCCAAUAUGCUACAACUGGAAACACUUGUAGACAAAUUGAACGAAUUGUUAGUCAGAUAUGUCCAACACAUUGCUACGAAUAAGAAUACAGAAGUGAGGAAUGUUGUAGAGAGGUUAGUUCCUAUAUUGGAACAAACGUUAUUGUUUGUGCAAUACUUUGUGACGCAAAAAGUGGCGGUUCACAGGGUGUCUUGUAAGAUGCUGUCUGUGUUGUUGAAGAUUUUUGGCGACUUAGCCACAAAAGGGUUCUGCAAGCCAUCAGACUUAGAUAUGGAAGAAGGCGACGGCGACGGUGGCCCAGGCAAGCUCUCAAGUGGCACUGGUCUAGGCGAAGGCGAAGGUCAAAAAGACGUCUCAGAUAGAAUAGAAAACCAGGAUCAACUUGAUGACGCUCAAAACCCAGGCGAAGAAAAGAAGGAUGACGACAGAGAUUGCAAAGAAGAAGAAAAAGGAAUUAAUAUGACUGAUGAUUUUGACUCACAUUUGCAAGAUGUUGAGAAGAAAGAUGAAUCUGAUCAAGAGGAUGACGAAAAUAAUGCCGAUAAACAGAUGGGUGACAUCGAUAACGCUGCUGAAAAACUGGACCAGCAAAUCUGGGGUUCCGAUGAAGAAGAUGUCGAAGACCAAAACGAGAAUGAGAAAGAAGAAAAAGGUACAGGAGAAAGCACGGACGAGAAGGAGAUGGCUGCCAAAGAAGAUGAAAAAGGUACAGACGACGGUAAUGAAGGGAAAGAUAAAAAACAAAAAAAGGAUAUUAAUAAAAUGGAAGAACAAGAGGUUGACGAUGAUCAUAUUGAUCCGUAUUAUGGGAAUCAGCAGGAAAGGCCUGAGCCCGAAGAUUUUGAUUUGCCUGAGAAUAUGGAUGUAGAUAGUGAUGAAAUGGGGGAUGAAAAGGAAGGGGAAACAGAGACUGAAAAUCCUUUUGACAUAGACGUCAUGAAAGAAGCCAUACCGGAAGAGCCUAAAGAAGAGGACGUAGGUAAAGAGAGCAAUCGAGAUGGACUGGAUGUGUCCAGCGAUGAGGAGGAUGAGGGUGGGGAUGAUACUGAUCUGAAAAAUAGUGAGGAAACUCAGGACAGAGACACAGAAAACAAAGACGAAGAAAAAGUAUCCGACACAGACGAACAAUCACCCGACGAUAGCACAGAACAAUCUAAAAUAGACGAUACAGAUCCUGCGCUAGAAGAAACCGAACAGAAACAAAAUAAUGAAAAUGACGUAAACGAAGAAUUACCUAAAAACCCUGAAGAGAUUAACAAUGAUGAUGAAGUAGAAGAAAAGAAACGAGAAGCUAAUCCUCAAGCAAAUCCAUCCACAAACGAUUCAAGUGCGGAAGAUAGAGCUGAGAAUGCUGAAACAGAUAAAGGAACUGAUGAUAAUGUGGACACUAACGCCGAACAGGCUAAGGAUGAAGAGGCUGCGCCUUAUGAGCAAGCUCAAGAACAAGUGGGCGAAGAUAAGCAGUCCACUGGACGAUCAGAACUCGACAAGAGCGACAAAGGACAUCGCGGAGAGAAGCAAGCGGCCAGUCGUGCGCAAUAUUCCAUGGAGAAACAAGAUCGACAUGAGAACAAGCCUGGAAAAACCGACCAUGAACGUACUCUUGGCGAUAUAAACGAAAGGAAACACAAGCAAGCACAAACUCUGAAUGUGGAACAAGACAACCAAGAGGAGCAAGGCCCUGAUAACGAUGAUAACGGUGACAAAGAAGCAGACGCUUUCCAACACGUCAAACAGGCUAAAAAGGAUGAUUUACAGACAUUAGAUGCAGCAACUAAAGAACAGGCAGAUCAACAACCCACGAUUCAACAAGACGACGAGGAUGCCGAGAAACUGAAACCUGAUGAAGAAAUUGCUAUGGAUAUUGAUGAAGAUUUACAGGUGGCAAAAUCCGAAGAACUGAAACCGGAAAAGAUAAAAGAAGGCAAAGACAAGGAACGAGAUAAAGCUGGUAAUAAAAAGGAUUCCAGCGAACAAACGACUGGCGAGACUGGUAUUGAAGUGGAAGGAGAUAAAAUCGAAACUUCCAGCGUGCCUAGAGGGAACGAAACUACUUAUCACACUAGGCUCGAAGACCCAGCCCAACACGCGGAAGACAUAACAAUGGAACAAUACAUGUCGAUUCGCGAAUGGCUCAAUACUGGUUCUACGCAGAGCACCGAUAGUGCGACAGUAUGGCGGACGUUGUGGAGCGAUUCCAGUACAGCUGCGCGUGCGCUCUGCGAAAGGUUGAGGCUUGUUUUGGAACCUACUGGACGAUCUAGACGAGCUGGGGACUUUCGCACCGGGCGUGCCAUAAAUAUGCGUCGAGUGAUCCCCUACAUCGCGUCGCACUUCCGCAAGGAUCGCAUCUGGCUGCGUCGAACCAAACCCGCCAAGAGGGAGUACAAGAUCGCCAUAGCUAUCGAUGACUCUAGUUCCAUGAGCGAUAAUAGGAGUAAGGAGCUUGCGUUCGAGAGCUUGGCGCUUGUUUCACAGGCUCUGAACCUCCUCGAAUCAGGCGACUUAGCCGUGCUCAGCUUCGGCGAGAAGCCGUAUCUUCUCCACCCAUUUACAGAACAAUUCUCCGAACAUUCCGGCUCGAAGAUUCUAGAACAACUACGCUUCGAACAAACAAAAACCAAAAUCGCACAACUGUUAGACUUUUGCACAAUUAUGUUCGAACAACAAAGUAUAAGGAGUGAUGCCCCGAAUGCGAAGCUGUUGGUGAUCGUUGGUGAUGGAAGAGGCAUAUUUUCUGAAGGAGAAACGAAGGUUAUACAAGCUGUGAGGAGAGCCAGGCAGCAGGGGAUAUUCUUGGUCUAUGUUAUUAUUGAUAAUCCUGAUAGUAAGGAUUCAAUAAUGGACAUCAGACGGCCACUACUCGAUCCGAUAACAAAUAAAAUAAGCUUCAUUCAGUACUUGGACGCGUUCCCCUUCCCUUUCUAUCUAAUAUUACGCGACAUGUCAGCGUUACCCAACGUCUUGGGUGAUGCAUUGAGGCAGUGGUUUGAAUUGGCUGCUAAUACUGCUAGUUAGAAUAAGGAAAUUGAACUUAAUUGACAAGUGAUAAACGUACACUAAAGACAUUGCACGGCACACAAAUUCUAAAAUAGAAAUGGUAUACUAUACUUAAAAUAAUUCGACCGAAAACACGUCGCUAAUAGGAAAGUUUAAUAGACUCAAAGAUGUCUCGCGACUGGUGUCUUAGCGCGAAAUGCUUAUGGCAGUUGAUAAACGUUCGUUGCCGUGUAUAAUAAUAACAUGCUCGUACAUACACACCAUACUGCAUUUACUUGACUUCGGUCCGUUAAUGCGUUUCAAACCAGCUAAGAAGCUGAGAAGAAUAAAGUAAAUAAUAAUCAUAAGAGUACAAGAGCGCCAUAGCUAUUGAAGAGUAGCUAGCUCUGUGAGCGUAAAAGAAGUACGGAGCUUGCUAUCGAAAGCUUGGCGCUUAUUUCGCAGGUGAGAAGUUUAGAAUAAUUAAAAAUGUCUCACUCCGGUGUACUGGCUGCUUAGCGUAGUUGACAAAAUUUUGUUAUGAACUUAAGAUAUUAAUGAAAGUAAUUAUUGUGCAAAACGAUCUUUGUGUCAUGCAGUGCCUUUUAGAUAAGUCCUUGAAUAUU